AUGGGAGAGGUAGAGGUUCAUGAUGAUUUAGUUCAGCCUGUGUCUGGCUAUACAACUUCCAUCGGGUUGAGACGUUCAAAAUGCACACCAGAAGAAUGGAUGUCAUAUCAUGACGGUCGGUAUGGGCAAGCUGUUACUGACGGUGAGCACUCAGAAGUGGUGAUCAACAACACAACUGCACUGACGGAAAAGCUCCAGACGGAGUCAGCAAAGAGGCUAAAGGAAAGGCUUCACGAUAUACUCUUUUGGAAGCAAGAGCUUGAAAGAGAGAUAAAUGAAAUCGUACAGGAGACAUCCUUCCUUAUAAAAGAAAAAGAUAGACUGCAGACGUUUUUGUUAAAGACUGAUGUUCCCUUGCAAAUAACCACUGAAAACUUAAAUACUAGGGAAAAUAGAAGAGGAAUUGACAAAGUUGUCGACACUGUAGAAACGGAACUGUAUGCUGAGGUGGAACUUAUACAAAAUGUUCAGAAGUUGGUCAAGAAUGCAAUUGAACAAGCAGAAAAACAAAUUAGCCGAAAUCGUGCCGUAAAAGGAGCAUUAGAAAUCAACUGGAGUGAUAAGAAAGAAGCUGAAGACAUUGAUACGAAAGCAGGAGACCUAAAAAACUGUUCUACUAAUAAACAAUUUUAUGCUGGAGUUGCGCUAUAUCAAGAAAAUAUGUCAACUGUAGAAAGUUGGGCCGAAGAUGCAAACCAUGUGAUUACACGAGCUGAAGCUGAACGUUUUGCUAGUAUGGAUUUACGUUCAUUGAUAUGA